AUGAAUCCAUCGAACGGAUUAUACUUUAUUCAAAAAAUCAAUGUACCGAUCAAAUCAUUUUCAUUUUUCGAACCUGCAUAUAUAUCGCAAGAAGAUGUUCAAUCUUUCCUCUGCAAGAUUUGGAGGAAUUCGCUAAUUCAAGAAAUCGAAUGUGGGUCUUUGUACGAAAUCGAUAUACCUUCGGACUCAACACGAUCAUUACGCGCCAUUUCUAUUACAUUAUAUGACCUAGGACUUCCAAAGACGGUACUCCAACACUUUCAGCAAUGCACUCUUCUUACCAAAGUAAAAUUCACAAUGCUAGGCACUCGUUUCGACAUUCUACCGGUCUUGGAAUUCAUUAAUCAAUCACAAACUUUACACACUGUACACCUACAUCUCAAUAUGGAGGACAAGACCUUAUCUCCGAUCCUUUUGAACACCAAUAUCUGGAAACUAGUUUUUCAAGCUCGACCAAUCAAUAGAUCGAUUAGAAAACUUGUUAUUCUUGAAGACCAACAGCUAUCUCCAGACCAAUCCGAAAGAGAUAGUCCACUUAAAAAUGGUCAUCGAUCUCGAACCUAUCAAUUUAAUCUAGUUGAUGAUAAUAAUAAUAAUAACAAUUUCGUUCAUUUAUUAUUCUAUUCAGAGUGUAAUCAAUUAUUAUUAAAGAGUAUUUCAUAUAAACUAUCACAAUGUUAUCCUUGGAGUGAUAAUCAAUACUCAAUAAAGGUCACCAAUCUAAGCAAUGAUAACCAAAAUAUUAUUUAUCAGAUUUAUAAUGACAACCAAUGUCAGACUAUCAACUCGACAAUAACAUUCAUCUCUGGACAAUGUGAUCCAAAUUAUUCAAUGGUUUUACAGUUGUCAAGUCAACCAAUUAUUCCUCAAACAAAUACUCUUUACUAUGAAAGAUAUAUUAGUGAUUGUGAUGAUUCCAAUGAUUCAAGAAUUAGAUAUUCUUUGGCAGACGGUGUUUGUAUCCAAGAUGAAUUAAUUUUCGAUGGACAGAUCAGAGACUAUCAAAAAGUAGUUACCGAAUCGCUACUCUCAUUGAAUAUCAGUCAGAGUGGAAAUGACAAAAGCUGCUCCAAUGUAUUAUCAACCCGAACCUACACUGCAUCUUGCUCAGCCGGCAACAAUAAUUACCAUAUAGCGAAUGCAUUCCCAGUGGUAAAUCAACUCUCCAUAUCGGCCGGUCUCAUUGUGCUCAACGAUUACAAUUCAUUUACACUUGAAUCGAUUUCAUCGGUCGGUUGGAACGGAGUGAAUCUCAACUACCUGGUUUACUACUACGAUGCAUCUACCAAUCAAUAUCAACUCGGUUGCAAGACCAACAACACCUGUACAAUAGAUAAACUGUCGAGCGGUGCAGCAACAAGAUUAUUGAUAAAGGUCGAUGGUGUCAGCUACUUUGGUGUAGUUCCAUCGAUUUUCACAGCACCCAUCAACUUACCAGCACCUCCACAAAUGACAUCACUCACCUCAAUCUCUCAAAGUCUAACGUCGCUCGAUAUCAUCUACUUUUCCGCUGGUGGAUUCCCCAACAUACCAAAUACCUACUUGGUAACGAUCAACGGUCAGACCAUAGACAGAUGUGCCGACACAAUCAAUUGUACCAUCGAUUCGUUGCCGAGUGGAUCGACAGUGAACAUCAGUGUUGUAGCUAUUAACAAUGGUAAACAAUCGGCGGCAUUGGAGUAUCAGCAGCUACUACACGACCCAGUUACAAUCACCAAAUUCGAUUUGGAGUUUACAUCCAAUAGCUUUUCGAUUUACUACGACUCUAAAGGUGGAUUACCAGACAAGCAGACCACCUACACCAUUUUACUGAAUGGCACCGUUGUACCUGCAUGCAAUAAUUCACCCGAUAAAAGCUGUACUAUAACCAACAUCACUGAAUAUCAAGAUUAUAAUAUACAAUUGAUUGCUCUAAAUGAUGGUCAAGCAACUCAUUCUCAAGAUAUCACCAUUAUUUUGAAUGAUGGAUAUAUUAUUACAACGGAAACAAUCGUAGCUAUCAUUUUCGUAUUGGUUGGAUUCAUUGGUAUCUGUGGUUUUGCCUGCUUUACCUAUAGAAAUAUAUACAUGGAUAACUAUUUGUACAAAAAGAUAUUUGGUAGUGGAAAGAAGAAACACAAAUAUGAAUAUAUAGUUCUUGACGAUGAUGAUUCUGAAGACAGUGACCAAGAUGAACGUAAUAAUUUGGUAGUUAACAGUAUACUUCCUAUUACCCGUGUACCUCUGAACAAUCAAGAAUCAUUAAUUUAA